GUCCCCGCCCCGCUUGCUUGGGAAACAGAAACCCUAACCUCUCUUUAUCUUCGAGCUCAGCCGCUAAGAAGCGAAGACAGAGAUCUAAGUCAAGAUUUCACGAUGAAGUUCAACAUUGCAAAUCCCACCACCGGUUGCCAGAAGAAGCUGGAGAUCGAUGACGAUCUGAAGCUUCGAGCAUUUUGGGACAAGAGGAUCUCUCAAGAGGUUCUUGGUGAUGCUUUGGGUGAGGAAUUUAAGGGCUAUGUCUUCAAAAUCACUGGAGGUUGUGACAAACAAGGAUUUCCGAUGAAGCAGGGAGUGUUGACCCCUGGCCGUGUUCGCCUCUUGCUCUACAGAGGAACUCCUUGUUUCCGCGGACAUGGAAGACGCAAUGGAGAGCGUAGAAGGAAGUCUGUUCGCGGGUGCAUUGUCAGCCCAGACCUCUCUGUUCUGAACUUGGUAAUUGUGAAGAAAGGUGACAAUGAUUUACCAGGCCUGACAGACGUAGAAAAGCCAAGGAUGAGGGGUCCAAAGAGAGCAUCCAAAAUCCGGAAGCUGUUCAAUCUGUCUAAGGAGGAUGAUGUGAGGAAGUAUGUCAACACAUACCGCCGCACAUUUACAACCAAAGCUGGGAAAAAGGUUAGCAAAGCUCCAAAGAUACAACGACUGGUCACUCCCCUGACACUCCAAAGAAAGCGGGCAAGGAUCUCUGAUAAGAAACAGAGAAUUGCCAAAGCAAAAUCAGAGGCAGCAGAGUACCAGAAACUUCUUGCCUCCAGGCUGAAGGAGCAAAGGGAACGCCGUAGCGAGAGUUUGGCUAAGAAAAGAUCAAAGCUUUCCAGUGCUACUAAGCCAGCUGCCACUGCAUAGGCUGCAUUCAAACAGAUGGAGUUUGAUCUUCACCUCAGUUUUUGAUAGUCUUAUUUCAUGAUGCCUGUGUUCUGCAAAUUUUCCAUUCAAAUGUUUUUUUUUUUUUAAUUUUUCUUUUAUGUUUUGUUCGACAGUUUAAUAGAAUUUAAGCUUUUA